AAACAAGAGUAUGUACCAGUGUUAUACUUUUUAUACACUAUAAUUACACAUAUAGCUCUCUAAAUAAUGGCACCAAAGAGAAAACCAUUACCACGUCCACUCCCCAACCACAUGAUUCUGACUGACACAGGGAAGAGAAAGUGGCGUCUGGGCAGAAUGAUUGGACAAGGUGGCUUCGGACUCAUUUACCUGGCUUCAGAUGAUGUGGAUAGAUCUGUGACAGAGGAUGCUGAUUUUGUGAUUAAAGUUGAAUAUCUUGAAAAUGGACCAUUGUUCUCGGAGCUAAAGUUUUACCAAAGAGCGGCAAAGCCAGAAAGUAUCAGCAAAUGGAAAAGAUCCAAAAAGGUUCAUUUUUUGGGGAUCCCAACCUAUUGGGGCUCUGGACUCUCAGAACAUAAUGGAACAAGAUACAGAUUCAUGGUGAUGGAUCGGCUGGGGACAGACCUGCAAAAGGUUUUUGUGGAAAUUGGUGAACAGAUGAAGAAGCAGACAGUGUUGCAGUUGGGUUACCUCAUGGUGGAUGUGCUGGAAUAUAUUCAUGACAAUGAGUACGUCCACGCUGACAUUAAGGCUGCCAAUCUCUUACUGGGCCACAGAGACCCCGACAAGGUGUACCUGGCUGACUAUGGUCUCUCAUACAGAUACAGUCCUAAUGGAGAGCACAAAGAAUACAGCGAGAACCCAAAAAAGGGACACAAUGGCACUAUUGAGUAUACAAGCAUUGAUGCACACAAAGGCGUAGCCCCAUCCAGACGAGGGGACCUGGAGGUCCUGGGCUACUGCCUGCUUCACUGGCAGAGUGGAACACUACCCUGGCUCUCAGUGCUCAGGAAUCCAACUCAGGUCCAAGAGGCCAAGGCCAAGCUCAUGGACAACCUACCAGACUCGGUCACCCAAAUGUCUCCCUCUCUAGCGGAGGUAGCUCAGUUCCUGCUCAUCGUUAGGACUUUGGACUACAAAGAAAAGCCUGACUAUGAUGCUCUAAAGAAGGUGCUGUCAGAUGCCAGGCCCCGAGGCCCACUGGACCUCACCAGACCAAGUGCAGGGGAGUCAGCCAGGCUGGCCGUGAACAGGAACUCGGGUCAGGCAUGGCCAUCAGCGAGAUCAGUUCCUGUGACUGAGGAUGAAGAUAAAGGCUUUGCAAAAACGGGCUGCGGAACGAGAGGGAAGUCAAAAGCACAAGAGCAAAAACCACAUAAGAGUAAUUUAGCAGCUAACACACGUGCAAGAACUAGGCCUGUGGUCCAUUACUGUGAAGAUGAUGAGGAUGAAGAUGAGGAUGUUAACGAGGAUGUUAACCCCUUGCCUCCAAGAGUCCAUCCCAAAACACGAGAGGGCCAAAAACGGAGGCAGAGACGUGAACAAGUAUGAAAAUAAGUUUUA